AAAGCCUCCAUUUUUGGUCUUACUUAUUUGGCCUACACCUGCUACCACAUGUCGCGCAAACCCAUAUCUGUGGUUAAAUCAGUUCUUCAUACUAAUUGUUCCUCAGAUAUAACGCACAAUGCCAGCUCAAAUGACUGUGGCUAUGCGCCAUUUGAUGAUUCCAGUGCUCCUGCCAAAUUUGCCAUAUUAGAUUCUGCCUUUCUUUUUGCCUAUGCCGCUGCUAUGUUUGUUUCUGGCUUUGUGGCUGAACGUGUUUCCAUUCGAUAUUUCCUAGCUUUUGGUAUGAUUUUUUCGGGUGUAUUUUCAUAUCUAUUUGGUAUAGCCAAAACUUGGAGUAUACAUACGAUGGCUUAUUUUGUAAUAGUACAAGCAUGUGCGGGUAUUGCUCAAACUACUGGCUGGCCAGGUGUAGUUACUUUAGUGGGUCGUUGGUUUGGCAAAUCGAAACGUGGUUUAAUUUUCGGUAUUUGGAAUAGUCACACAUCGAUAGGUAAUAUUUUGGGUACGCUAAUAGCCGCUCAGUAUGUGGAAACCGAUUGGGCAUUGUCGUUUAUUGUGCCGGGUAUAAUAAUUGCUAGCUGUGGUUUUCUACUGUUUUUGUUUAUGGUUGAUAGACCCGAAAUGGUGGGUUGUCAUCAACAGCAUGGCGCUGUUGCAGAAAGAUCAACAGAUAAUGAUUCAGACAUGGAAGAUAAUAGUGUUAUAGUGGGUGCUGCGAAUACUUAUGAAGCGGAGGUUAAUUAUCGUCCCACUGAACGUUCGCCAAUUUUACCACGUUCUCACACUCAUGACCAUCACGUCCAACGACCCAUAAGCUUAAUAGAUGCUUUAUAUAUACCCGGUGUUGUGGAAUUCUCGUUAUGUUUAUUCUUUUCCAAAUUGGUCAGUUAUACAUUCCUCUAUUGGUUGCCUUUAUAUAUACAAUCGUCCAGUACAUUGGGACCAACUUUAUCAGCAGAUUUAUCUAUAUUAUUUGAUGUUGGUGGUAUAUUUGGAGCUAUUGUUGCCGGCAUGGUAUCCGACAUGUCUGGCAUGUCGGCUACAACGUGUACAGUUAUGUUAUUCUUAGCAGCACCUGUGCUUUUAAUGUAUCAGCAAUAUGGUAACACGUCCGUUUUCUUAAUCAUAUUUUUGCUGGUACUAGCGGGUUUUCUUGUUAAUGGUCCUUAUGCUUUAAUUACUACUUCUGUUAGUGCUGAACUAGGUCAACACAGUUCGUUGGAAGGCAAUGCCAAAGCCUUAGCCACUGUUACAGCUAUAAUAGAUGGCACUGGUUCCAUAGGUGCGGCUGUUGGUCCCUUAAUGGCAGGCAUGGUAUCCGGUUUUGGUUGGCAAAAUGUUUUCUAUAUUUUAAUUCUAUCCGAUAUUAUAGCCAUGUUAAUGUUAGUUAAAUUGGUUAAAAAAGAAUGGUCACAUUUACGAAGAUCUACACGAAUACGUAUAGAAUAA